AUGCGAGCGGAAUUUAGUGCGAAACUUGCGGCCGGAGUUUUGCUGACGGAAGCACGUUGCGACGUCAUCGUCUGGUACAUUCCGGAGAAAAGAAGCACAGCUGCCCUAUCUGUGGCCGGGGAAUCGCUCUUAGCUUUCUUCAUUAACUGUAUGUAUCAUUUGAAACACUCAAAGGGUGUUGACAUCCAAGAAAAAGGAAUUCAUGUUCGAGGGUUGGAAGCUAGUACAUAUCCAAGAUCUUCAUCGCUACUACAGAAAUUUGCGGUUAGGCACAGAAUUACCAAGUUUGUGGACAUGCGCUAAUC